UGGAGGGAAGGAGUGAGGGAGAAAGAAAGAGAGAAACAUCGAUGUGAGAGAGAGACGUCAACUGGCUGCCUCCUCCAUGGCCCCAUCCAGUGCAAGGGACCAACCGCACCCAAGGUACAUGCCCUUGGCCAGAAUCAAACCCGCAACGCUGGUCCGCGGGCCAGUGCUCUAACCACUGAGCCAAACCAGCCAGGGUGGACAUAGCUGUUUAUCAGUUGGCUUCAACCUAGCCUGGUGACAAAGGACACCAAGAAUCUGUUCAGAGGUACUGAGCUGAAUGCAGCUCUUGUUUUUUGUGAGCCUGAAAGGGGGUCUUGAGGCCCAUGUGAGCAGAAAGCAGUUGACCUUGUGUUGGUGGACCUGUGCACCAAGGGGAAUGGAAAGAGGACUUAUCCUCUGAGAUGACCUCACUGGGUGGUUGGAGUUAUUAAUAACAGUCACACUUGACAUGAAGAUAAGUGCUGUUCCUUUGGGAACCACAGCCAAGGAAGAAAUGGAGAGAUUCUGGAAUAAGAACGUUGGUUCAAACCGUCCUGUGUCUCCUCAUAUCACUAUCUACAGCUGGUCCCUUCCCAUGGCCAUGUCCAUCUGCCACCGCGGCACUGGGGUUGCCCUGAGUGCAGGGGUCUCCCUUUUUGGCUUGUCGGCCCUGUUGCUCCCUGGGAACUUUGAGUCUCAUUUGGAACUUGUGAAGUCCCUGUGUCUGGGGCCAGCGCUGAUCCACACGGCCAAGUUUGCUCUCGUCUUCCCUCUCAUGUAUCACACCUGGAAUGGGAUCCGACACUUGAUGUGGGACCUAGGAAAAGGCCUGAAGAUCCCCCAGCUGUACCAGUCGGGCGUGGCUGUCCUGGUUCUCACCGUGCUGUGCUCUGCAGGGCUGGCAGCCCUGUGACGAGCCCAAGCUCCCACUGAUCUUCCCUCAGCCCCCGGCUCGCUGUGUCCUCUCGCCACUCUUGUCUCCAGCCAGGGCGUGUCCUCCUGGUGUUCAGACCUUGUGUGCAGAUGUCCUUGCAGCUCCACGUAGAGUACCUUGUAGAAGCCAGCUAUGGGAAGGGGCCCCCUGUCCCCUUGUUUCUAGAAAUGGCAUGACCGCGGAGACUCCCUUUUCCUGCCCGCUUGCAGCCUGCUCAGGGCCAGGAGCCCUCGUUCUCUCCAUACUGGGCCUUGAUUUGUGCUGAGGAUCAGCUCUUGGCUCCUUCUUCCCGAGACAGUGGAAACAAAGCCAGCUCUGUGGUCUCUGCCGUGGGGACGAGGAGUGGGGCUUUGGGUGCCUCUCCUGUGGGUUGCUGGCUUAAAGGACAGUUCUCUUCAUUGGUCAGCGCCCAGGGCCUUGAGCGCCCACACAGUGGGGCAUUGGCCUGUCCUGGCUAGAGGGAGAUAAGGAGAGUGAGGUGGCUUUUGGAGCAGGUGCUUUGGGGAGAAGAUUUAUAAUUUUUGAUACAAGGAAAGAUCCAGAAAAUUAUUGCUGAGCCUGUUAAGGGUUAUUUCUUUUUCUUGCAAUUCCAGAAAAACAAGCCUCUUAUUGUCACGUUUUCUAAUCCAAAUUCAUGUGAUAUCUUUUCUGAAAUUAAAAUACUCAUUUUGUCUUUGA